AUGUUCCUGGUGAAGGUGGGUGUGGAGGGCGGCGUGGUUGUGUGCACGCCCACGCGGGAGACUCUGAUGGGCGGCGUGCGGGAGGUAGUGAAGGCGUGCGAGGCUACCAUACUCUCUACUCAGCCUCUCCUGCCUUACUUCACACCCCAGGACAGACUUAGCUAUGUACCGUCCGAGGAGAACCUGGUCCUUCGUACCAUGCUGGAGGACGACCCUCACUUCCGGAGCACCGUCGAGCGAGUCCUGGCCCUGCUGGAGGACAGCUGGAAGAAGGUGGAGGCCGAGGUUGACCCUCUAGGAGCACUGCUGCAGCAGGCCGACACCCAGACGCACGAGGAGGGAAUCCAAGGUCAAGAGCUGAGUGAGCUGGGAUCGUGGCUGGCACAGGUGGAAGGGCUGGUGGAGGCGGCGCGAGGUGUGGAGGAGGUGGUCGGCCUGGGUCUACUGCAGGUGGACCAGACAGCCGCCAGGAAGCUCCUCGUCACCUCUCUACGUCAGCAGCAGCAGCGCAUACAUCAGGACGUUAGCCAGGGGUUUGACCAGCGGGUGAGGGCUCUCCUCGCUGACGCCAACGACAAGUGGCUGGGACUGGAACUGGCCCCCGUUACUGCCCAGCAGGUCGUUACUCUCCUCAACUACGUCUCUGAGGUUAAGGAUCAGAUGGUGCGUGUGAACCACGAAGAGGAGGUGAUCCGGGAAGCUUACGCCAUGAUCCAAGGCUACCACAUCACGCUCCACCCUGAGGUACACAACAAGUAUGAGGCGCUGCAGAAGGAGGUGAAGCGUCUGAGGAAGUCUGUGCGGCGGGGCCUCAUGGAGCGGCCCACAUCCAUUCGCAAGUUGAAGCAACUGCUGGACAAGGAGAUGGAGGAGGUGGACGCCGAGACGGCGAAACUUGCAGAGCAGGUCCAGGCCCUUAGGUUCCUGCGGGUGACGAGCGACCGGGAGGAGGCGCUGAAGAUGCUUGAGGCUGCUGAUGCCCGAGCCUCAACCAUUCGUGCUCAGGCCACCACAAUCACCACCUACCAAACAACAUUCCAGAUGCCUGUGUGCCCCUUCAAGGACCUAGUAGAGGUCGAGGAAGAGAUCUCCCUUAAGAUGCUACUGUGGCGCUCACUGUCUGAGUGGGAAGAGCUCACUGAGCGCUGGUACCAGAGUGAAGUGCGAACUCUGGACGUGGGUGAGGUGAGUCGGGUGACGCAGGAGUACCGUGAUAAGGUUGACUACCUGAUGGGCGCCACACAGCACUCAGACGUCCUCCUCCACCUGCAGGCCCUCGUCUCCCACCUCCACGAGAAGCUGCCAGUACUUGAAGCUCUCACAGACUCUGCACUUCGUCCUAGACAUUGGCAGGAGAUAGAUGCAGCUCUGGGUCAGCCGCUGCCUCCCGCUCUCACCCUGGCUCAUGUAGAUCACAUGGCCCUUCACCAGCACGCUCACACGCUGCAGCAAGUGGCUCACACAGCCCAGCUCCAGCGGCAGAUGGAGAACCGCCUUAAGAAAGUGGAGGAGAGCUGGGAAGCGGCCACCAUUCCUGUGGUGGAGUACACCAGGAAGGAUAUGUAUGUGCUUGGAGACCUGGUCGACCUUGAGUCCCUUCUGUUGCACACUGACCUCACGCUCCACCUUCUGCUACACUCGCAGCACGCUCUUCACAUCAAGAGUGAGACUAUCAAGUGGAAGAACAUCCACACAAUCAUCAGGCAGACACUGAAAGGUGGUUUUCUAGGUGGGUUAGUGAAGAUUAAGGCUUUACUAGAAGCUUAUAAAGGAAACUUUCUUAAUUUAGAACAAGACGACGAAGAUCUCAAGUGCCAGGUAAAGACAUUAUCAAACAGUUUGUCGCAGCAGGAUAAGGAAAUUGCCAUCUUCACUAACAAAGUGAAGGAGGAGCCACGCGUGUUGCCGCAGCUGCGGGGCGGGAUGCUGCAGGAAGAGGCGCUGCAGGAGAGGACGCAGCUGGAGGGCUUGCGAGCGUGUCUAGCACCACUGUUGGGCAUGAGGAGGCAGACGUGCCCUAGACUCUUUCUCUUGCCCGACGCUGACCUCCUCGAGCUGCUCACGAAGGGCCAGGAGCCAGAUGUAUGCCACAAGUACUUGAGGAGGCUCUUCACGGGUAUUGGGAGGCUGGUGCAUGGCAAGGAUGGCAAGAUAGUGGCACUUGUGUCGCCACAGGAGGAAGUCCUCACGCUGGCUAAGGUAACGUGGCCCCCACGGUUCUUGACUGUGGUGGCCCACCACGGCGUGGAGGACUGGCUGGGGAGAGUGGAGAGCGGCAUGAGGGCCGCCCUCAAGCGACUCAUCCUCAAGCACGUCCAGGAGGACCACCUCGACCUCCUCCAGCGGUCCCACCUCCUGCCACUACAGGUACUGACUACUAAGGAACGAUCUUCCUUCCAUAUGUCUAUGCUACGACCCGGAACCUUCUUUUAG